CUCUCUUCGUUCGGGCCUCUCAGAGCGACAUGUCGUACUUACGUUUAGUGGCGCCAGAAAGUGGAGCGACGAUCGUUCUCGGUCACUGAUAUAUCGGAGCCCUUCUUACACUUGGGAACAAAAAAGCGAAAGACGAACGGGGACUGCGCCGAGUAAGCGAAACCGAUUGUGUUUUCUUCGCCGAUUGGUUUUCUGGAGAGGAAUACGACUAGUUUCGUUCUUGUUUGGGAGAAGUGGUGGAGGGGGAUUCUUCAAGGGAGAAAUAUGCUGCAGAUCCGGCUUAGCAAAGUUCCACAGGCUGAAGGUGGUGCUGGAGCAGUGAAGCCCUUGCCGGCGGAGACUGUGACGGUCGCAUGCCCUGACCACCUUGUUCUUGCUGAUCUUCCUGUAGCAAAGGGCAUUGGUGCGGCUACUGCUGCUUCGAUUGUCAAGUCUGUGGGUCGCAGGUCUCGCCGUCAGCUUGGAGAACGAGUUCAUUUUUGUGUGAGAUGCGAUUUCCCAAUCGCUAUUUAUGGUCGCCUGAGCCCUUGUGAGCAUGCCUUCUGUCUCGAUUGUGCAAGGAGUGAUUCCAUAUGCUACCUUUGUGAUGACCGUAUCCAGAAGAUUCAAACUAUAAAAUUGAUGGAGGGGAUCUUCAUUUGUGCAGCCCCACACUGUCUCAAGUCUUUUCUUAAGAGGACUGAAUUUGAAUCUCAUAUACAUGAGAGCCAUGCCGACCUUCUUAAGCCAAAUGCAGAUAAGGAAGAUGGAAAUGAAAUUGAGGCUCAUAGUGCGAAACAAUCUACAGCUUCUGAGUCCACUGCCCGAGGUCCGUCGAGACCAAUCAUAUCUCCAGGUUCCAAUUCCCAGCUCCAAGAACGUGAAGAAAAAUUUCAUCGUCAACAAUCCAGAGACCAACCUAGGUCUGGCAUGCAGCAAAAGCAAGCACCAAAUUUUGGUCAGAACCAAAACAAUCCAUCUGAAUCUCAACCAGACAGCGGUCAUUCACAAGGCUUUGAUCGGCAUGGACCUCAUGGCCGUUUCCCCCCACAAAACUUUGACUUACAGGGUGGUCCACAUCAGGAAUCCAAUCAGUUUUCAGACAAACAGCAAGGAAUUCUAACCGACACUCCAUUUUCUCAGUAUCCUCCUCUGCAACCAAUCCCGCCACCAAAUUAUGUGGUUCCAACCAAUUCAAAUCCAAUGUUGACUCCCCCUCUACCAUUUGGUUAUCCUCCUUUUCCAAUUGAGGGAGCACAACAAUAUUACAGCACACCCUAUGAAGUGUCACGGCAAGAUGCUGCAGUAGAUUCUGGAUCUGAACAAGGGUCAUUGCUAGGCUUUCCACCCGGUGCGGCAGGAGGAAUGAAUUUCUCAGCAACUUAUCCGCAGUCUUGGAAUACUGGACAAGCGGGCGCUCCUUAUGACCAUGCUGCUGGGAGUCAAGGAAUGCCGGAUUCUUUUUCUAACACCCCUGAUUCCCAAGGAAAACAUGGAUUUUACCAAGGAGAUUACAGACGCAGUCCUGGAGGUUUGCCUGUGAAUUCAUCCGUCUCUUCUAUGGCCAACAAGGGCAUGGAUCUGGGACAUGCGGGUACUGCCAUGGACUUCAGGGAGGGUAAAGGUAUAUUGGCACCACAGCCUACAAUGCAAUUGCCUCUGCCUCCGCCUCCCCCACCGCCACCUUACUUGUCGCAACACAAGCGGGGCAAGUUCUAUUCAGGAGAUAUGGAUCAUGAUGGGCAAGGCCUCCCAUGGCAGAAUGACAGCCACAGCCGUGAUAGCUUUGGAAGCGGCCAAGACUGAUGAUUUUUCAUUCUUUGUUUCCUUCCAAUCAUUGUUUUGAUCAUAUUUUGCGCAUCAUCGUGAGAAUGUCUGUAUAUUUCAACUUGAUGCCCAAUCGUAAAGUUUUGCCCUUCCAGAGAACUUUGCUUAAAAGUACUGUCAUUUGAGAAGUCCGAGAUCAUCAAUAUUAUAUGCAAUACUGACAGUAGAUAAGAGUGUCA